CGCAAAGGUAUAGGUUUGGCUGGUGUGGGUCGUGGAGGGCGCCCAGUGUACUUCCCCCAUCAGGCGCGCCAUGCGUCACACACAAACAUCAGCUGUGUCCAUUGGCGGGCAUCAACUUCCACUUGUUGCUAACGCCGCAAGCAGUCUCACUGCUGACCGCCACUAACUAUUGACUCGCAGACUACAUGACAUGACUAAUAAAUUUCGAUUUUAAUUUGUGUAGUUGGAUCCUCCUGCCGACUGGCUUUUGAAGGUGCAGGGUGUUUGAAAAUGGGUUGUUGCACUUCCCAGCUGGCUUGUUGCUGCGGUCCAGCAUCAUGUGGCCUGUGCUGCAGCUGUCUUCCAGAGAUCCGCGAGUCCACAGGAACCCGUGUGAUGUACACAGUCUUCCUGUCUCUUGGCUUCAUUAUCCAGUGCCUCAUGCUAGUGCCUCAGGUCCACCAACUGAUCAGUGAUAAUAUAAUGGGUUUCAACACCACCUGUCUUGCCCUGUCAGCUGGUGAAAACUGCAGUCUUUUGAUUGGCUACCAAGCUGUCUACCGCAUGUCAUUUGGCAUUGUUGCUUUUUUCUUUAUCAUGAUGCUUUUAACACCGUGUGUUCCAUCUUCCAAUCACUGGCGGGCAUCCAUACAAAAUGGCUACUGGUUUUUCAAACUUCUGGUGCUGUGUGGACUGUGUGCUGCAGCUUUCUUCAUUCCAAUGCAGCUGAGCAUCUACUGGAUGUACAUGGGAAUGGCCGGUGGAGUGCUGUUUCUAUUAUUACAGCUGCUGCUGCUUGUUGACUUCACACAUGCCUGGAAUGCCACUUGGGUAGGACGUCGGUAUGGUAAACGCAACACAUUUGGCUGCAUUGAGCAAAAAUGGCCUAGAAUUUACAUUCCUGCAGACACCGACAGGGGCGUGCGCCAUUAUUUUUACAUCGUCGCAAUCCUGGGCAUGGCUCUCCUUGUCUACUACUAUGCUGUGGCUGACUGUACCACCAACCGCAUCUUCCUGGGCAUUAACGCUGGCCUAUGCAUCCUCCUGUCUCUUCUGACUAUUCUUCCAUGUAUCCAGAAGCGAAAUCCUAAUGCUGGGCUCCUGCAGGCCUCAGUCAUUACUAUGUAUGUUGUUUACCUCACAUGGUCAGCACUCACUAGUGAACCUCCUGAAGAAAUUGAAAAUAUCAUCGACACUCUGAAAGCACUAGCAGGUUCACAACAGGGGCAUACUGUCGUGGCGGCAACAGCUGCGACUGUUCCACUGGUGGCGCCUUCGAUGCCACUUGUUGCCAACGGAAACAAUCAGUUAAAGAUACAUAAUGUGUCCUACAAAUGCCGGCCAGACCCAGGUUUUCCUGAAGGAGACAGGAUUGCUGCCUAUGCCGGAGUGUGCAUCACCUUUAUCAUGGCUGUGUAUGCUAGUCUCAGGACAUCAAACCAAGCACACAAACUUGGACUUCGAAAGAAGGACAGCUGGGCAUGUUGCUGUUGUGUGAUUAAGAAACGAGACAAUCCAUCACUGCUUGGAGGCCAAAGGGUCAUUUACAAUGAGGCUGAAGGUGUCAAAUAUCCCUACGCCUUCUUUCACUUUGUAUUUUGCUUGGCAGCUUUCUAUAUCAUGAUGCAGCUGACCAACUGGUACAGGCCUGCUGAAUCAGAUCUCAAUAAUUUUGGGCUAAACUGGGCAGCUGUUUGGGUGAAGAUGGCAUCAUCUUGGGUUUGUGUUGUCAUUUACCUCUGGACUCUUGUUUUUCCUCGUUUGUGUUUUGGUCGAAAUUUGACCUUCAUUCAAAAUCCACAACCUGAGGAGAUGAGGAUGAACACUCUGGAUGACGAGCAAGAGAACACAAUAGAUGGUAUCAGGACAGAACCUGGACAUGUUUACCGGUCAUCAUCAUCUCACCAGUUGCGAUCACCUGCAGAUAUCCACCAAUCUCAUGAGUCUCUUGGUGGAAAAGCAAAGGCUGGAGGACAACGAACACCAGUCCCCAGACCACGAUUACACUCAUCUCAAGAGUCUCUCGGUGCAAAAGGGAAAUCCUCAGCUCAAUCACGGUCAAGAUCACCUGCUCCAAAGCCAAGACCACGCUCAGGUGAUAUCCAUCUCUCUCAGGAAUCACUGUCUGGGAAGAGAAAGUCAUCAGAUCAUGCACGAUCGCGAUCACCUGCUCCCAAGCCACGGUCGAAAUCAAAUGAUGUCCACCAAUCUCAAGAAUCACUCUCUGGGAAAGGAAAACCAUCAGUACAACCACGCUCAAAGUCCCCUGCUGUGAGGCCAAGGACAGUAUUCAAAGAGUGACAGGACACUUUCAAAUGAAAACGAAGUUUAAUAUAAACAAUAUGAAUGGUAGCUUGAUUUUGAAUGACUCUUUUUAUUCCACAAGCAAAGAUUUGGAGAAUCUGUGAUGUAUAUGAACAAAACCAAAUAUGUGUCUUUAAAUGACCUGUAGCACCUUUUCUGUUCAUCAUCUUCUAUUUGAACAAAAUUUUUAUGACAGUUUUGGUACAUUUUCAUGGAAAUUGGAAGGUAAGUUCACUGGCUGAAGUCAUCAACUCUAGCAUUCUUAAAGUAGGAUAAGCUCAGCUGACAAGUGUUGUUAUUGUCCAUUUCGGGAUUAAACUCACUUUACCUGGUUGAUUGAAUAAUUGGAUUAUUUUGAAAAGAACUGUUCAUAAUCUGUUGCUAUCUUACAAGGCAUGUAUCAUGUGUUAUAGAUGUAAUUUAGUAUAGCUAAUCAAACACUUUAUUAAAACUGGGGCAUUGACACUUUUAUUUUAUCCUAGUAACAUGUGCUUAUUUUUGCUUGCACUAAAAUCACUUUGCCAUUCCCAGUGACCAUUAAGGCUUGAGGUAUUGGCAUUCCAGUUCUCUAUUAAAUCCAAAAUAUUGUGAAUCCUUCAGGGCAUAAUGUCUGUUAGAUUGUGUAUUAUAAUUCAGAGACUCUAGCGUGGCAUAAGUCUGUAAUAUUGUUGAGUUCUAUAGCAUACUUCAUACACUCCUGCUAUACCUCUGUGACUUCAGAAAUUCAGAUAUUUACAGCAGACUUUCUGGGUGACUGGCAGUUGGCAGUGGUGAGUGAACUUUAUGCUGCUCAAAGCUGAAGGAGGAUAUUGAAAACUUAUCUUGUGUUGUGCACUUGCUUGUCUUUUGACUAAAUUUGCUUCACUUGCUCUGCAGGUAUUUGGGGUCAAAAGCUUCUCAGCAGAAAAGGCCAAGUGCAUUUUGCAGUUAAUACAUCAAGUUCCUAAAAGCGGACAAGAAAGAUUAAUUAAGAAAAAUUAAGGGGUAUGAUUGUGAUUGCAAUAGUGGAAAGGACCUAGAUGACUGUUGAUCCUAUCAGGUGAGCACAUAACAUCGUUGACAGUCAAUUUCAGUAAUAUAGUGUAAUGGGGAUUAAAGUGUAAUAUCAUUGUCACAAACUUCAUGCGGGGGAAAAAGAAUCCAUCAAUGUCAGUGACAAAAUGGUAAAACCUAGGACUUGAUUUGCAGAUCAGUCUAUGGGGUUGCUUACAAUUGAGAUAAUGAUUGCCAAGUGCAGGAAGAAUGCCUGAUUUAAAAAAAAAAAAACUGUAGAUCAUGUAGAGUUACUGAGGAUUUUGUGGAAUUUUUCAAAAGCUUCAAUAAUACAGUAAGAAUUACUAUAUACAUGAAUGUCUAAAUGUUUUGUCAUCCUUGGUACACAAUGCAUUGCAAGAUUAUUGCAUCAUGUUCAUUCAAAUACAGUCAUAGAUUUUUUUUUUCAAAGUUGAUUUCGUGCUCUAAUGGACUUUCAACAUAUGAAAUUACAUUGUCAGUGUUGGGUGUAAAGAUGGCAAGCCGAUUUGACUACAAAGGAUGGUAUACUUUUUUAUAUGUUGUAAGGAUGCAUAGUAGCUGCAGUGACAGAAUAUCAGAUGCAUUUACUCAGGGCAGAAAAGUGAAAUGCAUGGAAUAAAGAGCAGAGUUAUGUGGAACAGUAAAGUUGUUUGUGAAGCUUGCAUGUCAAUAUGAGCGACAUGGAUUAAUUGGUAAAACUACAUUAACAGAAAGUGCUUAAAUAUUUGAACCAGUGAAACUUGCUAAGAAUUAACAGCAGGUACAGUGUUGUAGCAUGAACAAGUAUUUUAUUCCAAGUGCAAAAUGUGUUUCCAUUGAUUAAUAUAAUCAGAUCUUUGUGUUUAAGAAUGGUCUGCUAAGAACCUUUUAAACUUGCAGAAAUUUCCUUGUAAAAUUAUGGUUGCAUAUAAUUCUGAUAUUAUUUAACUGACCUUUUCAUUUACAAAUGGUGGCAAUUUUUUAAUGUUUUAUUAGAUCUGUGACUACUGAGUUUGAUAACUGAUUUUGUUUCAUGUUCUUGAUAAAGACUAGACUUCUGAGCUGGUUAUUUUAUCAACAUCUCUUUUCCAAAAGUUACUGUCCAGAAGAGCAGUAGUCACUGUUGCCUACAGGCGUGACCAAACACUAGUUAAAGUUAAGAAUGCUCACAAGACAUUAUUUGUAGAGUAUUUUAUUAAACAUGGGUAUUGUGGAGCUAAAAAAAACAGUACAUGAAAGUAUAUGAAUAUUUUGAGGCCCAUAUUCCUUUAUUUUUGACUUUCCUUCUUGUGCUAUGUUAAAAUGCUGUUAACACUCAGCACCCCAUGUACUUACUGCGUAAUUCUGAACUCUGCUCCAUCAUGAGAUAAUCGGCAAAAAUAGCAUGAUGACUAUUGUCAGUAUUGGAGUCAGGAUGUUCAGUGGCUUUUAAUGGAGAAAGUAUUUAAAUACUGCAAUCAGCAGCUAAGAGGUUUGCUGUUGUUGGGAAAAGUGAAUGGUGUAGGUAUUGAUGUGGCUGGCGUUAACUCUUCUUGAAGCUACACUGUAGUUCUAGCAUAUAAAACAUAUGUUCAUGGAAUAGGGCAGAGAUUCUCAACCCUUUUCGCGCCUGUAUCCCUAAAGGGUGAAGUUAUGUCCACGGGUACCCUUCCUGCAUAAGUUUGCACAUAAAAGUACUUAUAUUCAUAAUGGCAUGUGCUUAUUUAUGUUGCUGCAUACCCCUGCAUAACCCUCACCAUACACCUAGGGGUACGCGUACCACCAGUUGAGAACCGCUGGAAUAGGAGAUUGAUGUUGGAAGGGGAAGCAUCAGAUAUGACUGGGAUUUCGAUAAUGCUAUUCCACAUUUACAAAAGUGAGUCAAUAUUUAUCACCAAUGCAAUUGUAUUUGUGUUUCUGUUGACAGCACUGUCAGCCCUGGAUUUGCAACAUUAUUGGAGGGUGUUCAAUAAUAAACAGUGUUCUUUACAGUUAAAUGUUUAUUGAAAAAGACUUAUGAGCUGGUUAUUUUAUCAGCAUCUCUCUGCUCAAAGAUAUAGUCCACAAGAGCAUUGUUUUCAGUAGUGGUGAAAGUACUAGUUAAAGUUAAGGGUGUUCACAUUCACAAAAGACUGAAUUGCAGAGGAUUGUUGACUCAAUUCUCAUAUUUUGAAGAAAGAAAAUGCAAGACACAAGCUGUUUUACUUUCAUUUGUCUACAAAAGAUAAUUAUUUGACUAAAGUGGUAAUUAUUUGUAUAUAGUCAUCUGAGUUAUUUUUUUAUACAAAAUAUAUUUUUCAUCGGCUGCGUGUAAAAUAUCCAUGCAAUUUUUUAACCAUUAAUUUUUUUAUAUUAUUAUUAUUGAAUGUAUGUGCCAGUGUUUUUUAUGGGUAUCACCAAACUUUCCAUCUUCAGCUGUCUAACUCCACAUUAACAAUAUUAUAACAGAAUACAAAAAUGUUAAUUAUUCAAAUUAGAUUGAAAAUUAAAUUUGCCAUAAAAUGCAUGGAAACUUCCACAGGCCCAAAAUACCUUAUAUUCAUUGACAAAAUAGAUGGUAAAAUUCAAACAGUGUUGCUGUACAUGUCUGUAAACGUUGGAUGUAGGUGCAACACACAAACAGGUUUUUAAAGACCUUUUAUAAAAAUUCAUUACAGGCUAUUUAUUAUAUCGGUCCUAUACUCCACUGGGGAUGAAUAAUAAUAAGAAUUUAUUACUUUUAUGUGCCUUUUCAUAUUCUUACACUGGUACCAUGUGCACUAGUGAUGAUAAAAUCAGAGUUGGGA